GCGUCCGCGCGGAAGAAGCGGGUCCUGCUCCACUCGUGCUGCGCGCCCUGCUCCGGCGCGAUGAUCGAGGAGAUGGUCGAGACGCUGGACGCGGACGUGACCGUCUUCUUCUACAACCCGAACAUCCACCCGCGGUCCGAGUACGAGCUCCGGAAGCGCGAGAACGAGCGCUACGCGGCGAAGCUCGGCAUCGCCUUCGUCGACGGCGACUACGACCCCGACGAGUGGUACCGGCGCGCGCGGGGCCUCGAGUACGAGCCCGAGCGCGGCGGCCGCUGCACGGCGUGCUUCGACGUCCGCAUGGAGCGCACGGCGCUCUACGCGCACGAGUGGGGCUUCGACGCGAUCGCGACGACGAACGCGACGAGCCGCUGGAAGGACGAGGCCCAGGUCGACGGCUCGGGCCUGCGGGCGGCGGCGAGGUACGACGGCCUCGAGUACAUGUACCAGGACUGGAAGACGGACGCGAUGACGGAGCGCAAGUACGUCAUCAACGCGGAGCACGCGUUCUACAAGCAGGAGUACUGCGGCUGCUCCUACUCGCUCCGCGACAACAACUUCCACCGGGCCAAGGAGGGCAAGCCGCCCAUCAAGCCCGCGACGGCCGACGUCUACUCGGACCCGCGCCUCGACUCCGAGGAGGAGUCGCCGGACGUCGUCGCCGACUUCUUCGAGCGCGCGCCCGCGUUCUCCGAGGAGGUCCGCGCCAUGUACCAGGCGCGGCGCCGCGGCCGCGCGGGCCAUAAGGACAACUGGUGA